AUGUUUACGGAAGAUGUCAGACGUGCACUCGCGAGAUUUUGGCACAGGUGGGAUUUGGAGCUUGCGGGUUGUGGCUGUCGGUGUGACGUAACAGGAGUUUCUUAAUAUGAGUGAUGACAAACCUUUCCUUUGUACUGCUCCUGGGUGUGGUCAGCGUUUUACAAAUGAAGACCACUUGGCUGUUCACAAACACAAACAUGAGAUGACCUUAAAGUUCGGCCCAGCAAGGAACGAUGGUGUUGUUAUUGCUGACCAAACUCCUACACCGACUCGCUUUUUGAAAAACUGCGAGGAAGUGGGACUCUUCAAUGAGCUUGCCAGUCCCUUUGAUCCAGACUUUAAAAAAGCUACAGAAGAUGACAUUAAAAAGUUGCCACUGGAUUUGUCACCUCUUGCAACACCCAUCAUCCGCAACAAAAUUGAAGAGCCCACAGCUAUGGAGGCUCAUCGAGAUAGCCCUCUGCCUCACCCCGAGUCUACCACAAAUGACGACAAGGACUUAUCUUUGCAGCCAGCCUCACUGCCAGCAUCCACUAUAGUCCAUCCUGCAUCCCUCCAAGUUCCCAAUGUACUUCUAGCAACCUCAGAGGCUAAUGUUGUAAUACAGCAAGCUCUCCCAUCGCCAACAUCUAGCUCUGUUAUUACCCAAGUCCCGUCCACUAAUAGGCCCAUAGUCCCAGUGUCUGGCACCUUCCCUGUGCUCUUACAGCUGCCUAACGGUCAGACCAUGCCAGUUGCUAUCCCUGCAGCUAUUACAAGUGCAAGUGUACAUAUUCCAGCUACAAUUCCACUCGUCAGACCGGUCACCGUAGUGCCUAACAUCCCCGGGAUCCCAGGACCUCCCUUGCCACAGCCCACCCAAUCAGAAUCCAAGCUGAGAAUAAAAGCCACAUUAAGCCAGCAGCUUCCUCAGGUAUCCAAUGGAGACGGGACAGAAGUCCAGAGUAGCGCUGUAACCCAUACGGCUGCUCCCACUUCACCUGCCCCCACCCCGGUUCAAGCCCCAUCUCCUGGUCCUCAACUAUCAACAAGUGAGGAACACUGUCCCCAGACCCUUCAGCAGCCAGCCACGUCCACCACAGAGACACCUGCUUCCCCAGUGCCCCCUGCCCAGAACACACCAAGCACUGGAGGGCGGCGGCGAAGAACCACAAGUGAGGACCCUGAUGAAAAGCGCCGCAAGUUCCUGGAGCGUAACAGAGCUGCAGCUUCGCGCUGCAGGCAGAAGAGGAAAGUGUGGGUCCAGUCCCUGGAGAAGAAGGCGGAGGACCUGAGCACUAUGAAUGGACAACUUCAGAAUGAAGUCACCCUGCUGAGAAACGAAGUGGCUCAGCUGAAGCAGCUUCUUCUGGCUCAUAAAGAUUGCCCUGUAACCGCCAUGCAGAAGAAAUCUGGCUAUCACAUUGCGGACAAAGACGAGAGCUGCGAGGACAUGUCCAUCCCCGGCAGCCCCCGGAACGAGGCCAUCCAGCACAGCUCUGUCAGCACCUCCAACGGGGUCAGCUCCUCCUCCACAACCCCGGCCAUCUCCGCCCCGUCCAGCGGCAUCAUCACAUCCAACCAGAGCACAGAGGAGAGCCAGCCACCGCGGGGCGCCGCCCAGUCCCAGCCGUCAGGGAGCUGAUCGCCGCUACGUCGUUCUCACCAAACUCUCUGACAAACACAGGAAAUGGAUUGUCUCUCAGCUUCAGUUGUCACUGUAUGUUUUUAUUUAUUUAUUUGUUUGUUUGUUUGCAUCAGUUUGUCCUCCAUGGGCGGUCUUUGUAUGUAGACAUGCAAUAUUUUUCUGGUGAAUUGAUGAAGACAAAAGAAAAACGGCACUUUACGUGUAACAAUAAAGUUGUAAUAUAGUAGUGGUUCUGAAAUGUUCAAGUUUUUUUUUUUUAUAAUUAUGUGACAUAUUUAUUAAGUAUAUUUUAAUUUAUAAGUGACUGAUCAGUGACUUGUUAAUAGGACUUCACCAAAGUGUGUUGUGGCUCAUUGGGAUUAGUUUGACUUUUAUCAGCACUAAAAGAUUCCAUGAAGAAGCCGUUAACUUAUUGUAACUUUCUUUGCACAUUUUGAGAGCUGACGGGUUUACCUUUUUCAGAAUGUUAACAGUCCACAUGCUAAGUACUGGCAGCUUUUAGACGUAGAUUUGAUUACAGGUGUGUAAAUGGCUCAAUCAGAUUUUAGAUUUGAUGUUUCUGUGAGAUCAGCUGUAGUUGCAUUGUGCAGUUUGAAUGUGUGAGUUUACCUCUGAAAUAGUUUUUAAAAAAGAGGGCUGAUUACAAAUGUGUGUUAUUUCAUUAACAUUCCAUCGGUAGCACUGAUUGUAGGAUCACAGUGCGAUUUCAUGACUGAUGUUGACUUUAAUUCAGUGCCAUUAGUGUUCUUAUAUGGAUGACUUAAGUACAUUUUCAGUGCAGAUUAGCUCCAGUGAGUUGCUGUUUAUUUCAAUUAGGGCACCUGUGGACAUGUUCAGUAUUUUUUUUUCUUUUGUAUUACUGUAUUUAUGUAAGUGACUUGAUGGCUUUCGUGUCUAAUUCAGAACACUUGCAGUCGUAAUGCUGUUUUCUUUGCCAUUCUAGAAUAAAGUUUUUAGAAAACGUAAAUAACAUGAUCUUUAUAGGUGUUAUGUACAUUGUUUUUAUUGAUUUAAAAGUUUUUUUUUUUUUUAUCAGUUUUUGCCAGACUCAGUACUUUGACAUAGGAGGAAAAAAAUCUUACAAAUGUGAACUGGAAUCACCUGCAGCUUCGCUGUUUAACAGCUAAGCUAAUGGAGAUAUGUUAAAGUAACACUGCUUAUACAACUUUUACGUAUUUAAUUGAUGUAAGACACAAAUGCCACCACAGUGUCCAUUAGGUUUUUUUCUGUUAGUCUGUACUGGCUUACUACUGUGUAGUUUUCUAAGAACAUUGUUUUCUUAAAAUAUGAUUUCAGCAAAAUGCCUCUUGUUUUGUGCUAUCUGCAUGAAAUAAUGAUUCUCUACGAGAAUUUUGUUGAUCCAGUAAUGUCUGUCAGAUAAAUAUCAUUAAACAAAUUGUUUGAACUUGAGUUGUGGUUUCUGAAAGCUUUAUUUGUUUUACUUAACUACAAGGGGUGUGAUACUGUGUUCAAAGUGUACUUGUAACUUGUGAAAGUUAUGUAUUAUAAAAUUUGAUGACUUGAUAAGUUGUAAUAAACCUUUUACUAGCUCUUUAAA